AUGCAGUUAAAGAAAGAUCUCCUUGUAUUUGCUACUCUUUUUUACCAUUUUUCCAUGGUUUAUGGCUGCGAUGAAACAGAAAGAGCAGCUCUAAUGAGCUUCAAAUCGUUGCUGACUGAUCCAUCCAAUCGGUUAUCUUCAUGGCAGGGCGAAAAUUGUUGCAACUGGAAAGGAAUCAAAUGCUCGAGUUCAGGUCGUGUUAUAGUUGUCAAUCUCCGGAAUCCUAAUCCGGAUAAUGUCUUGAUCAAUGUCAAUAAGGAAGUUUUUUCAUAUUCUAAAAACACGUCCGAUUUUGUCCUUAAAGGUACCAUAUCUCCAUUGCUCUUCACUCUUAACCAUAUGCAACAUCUCGACCUGAGUUUCAACAACUUCAUGUUCUCAAAGUUACCUACUGAGGUAUCAAACUUAACAAAAUUGACUUAUCUGAAUUUGUCAAAUGCCAUGUUUCAAGAUUCCAUCACCACUCAAUUCUCGAACCUUACAUCUCUAAGGUCUCUUGAUCUUUCAUGCGCUAAUAUAGUGGCUGAUCUGUCUUCUAUUUCUAUUAGCUUGACAUUACCACUAGAUUUAGAUUUUGGCUCAAUGAUUUCUUUUAUCAGAUAUGGUGAAUUGUCCAGUCCAAAUCUAAGGUGGUUAGAAGGAAUCAGAGGUCUCAGAUAUUUAGUAUUGACUGGCGUUGAUCUAUCAAAGGCAUCCGAAUCAUUUCAUUGGGCUAAACCAAUAUCAAGUCUUUCGAAUCUCAUGUCACUUCAAUUGUCCAAAUGCAAAAUUUCAGGAAGAAUUCCGAUAGGGCAAUUACUUAACCUUACUAAUCUUUCUACUCUAAAAAUGAGGUCCAACGUUCUAACAUCCUCAAUACCUGAGCUACUAUCGAACCUCACAACCCUCUCGGUUCUUGAUUUUAGUGCCAAUUAUCUAGAUGGUCAUAUCCCUUACUUUCCUCAACUCAAAGGACUUUCUGUUAAUAGCAAUCCUGAUAUGACCAUAGAUCUUGUUUCAAUGUUUUCAGUUCCAUGGUCAAAGUUGACUUUUCUUGACAUAAGCUUCGCUCGGGUAGGUGGAGUGAUUCCUCCUUCUUUAAGCAACUCAACUUCAUUAACCUUUUUCCAAGCUGAUGGAUGCUCGAUACAAGGGUCUAUACCCUCUUCAGUUACAAAACUUAAGAAAUUAAGUUUCCUGAUGCUCAACGACAAUUAUAUCACAGGCCAACUUCCUGUAAACAUGUCCAGUUUAAUAAGCCUUCAACACUUAUCUCUGUUACAGAAUAGUUUACAAGGAAGAAUAACCUGA